GACCAGAAGUGUGUAUGCGAGUGUGUGUGUGUGUGAGUGACUGUGAAGUGUGGGUGUUACGGGAUCCAUGAGUCUCCAGUCCCUGGUCACAGAUUCACACUCAGCGCCUUCUAGAGCCAAAGAGGAGUACACCUUCAACCCCAACACACCUCAUCCCCCCCUACAUUCCCAGCCACAUGGAGCCAUGUGAGCUCCUGCCUGCCUCACCGGGAAUCUGACUCGGAUUGCCUCCUGUAGAGACGCUCACAGAUCUGGAUCUGCCGCGGAGCGCAGAGAGAGGAGAGGAGCGAUUGCAGAGAUCUUCACCCAGGAGGGAAGUACCGUUCCCUGGGCGCUGUGGGCCGGGAGCCCCCCGUGGGCUGGAGACCGGCGCUCCAGCACCAUGGAUUACCUGCUAGGGAUUGUAGUCCUGCUGGGCAUGGCGGCUCUGCCCGGGAGAGUGGCCCUGCAGAACCCCAAGAGAACCGUUCCACGGCUCCGGCUGUCCUAUAAGGAAAUGGUGGAAUCCAGUAAUUUAGUGACUUUCACUGGAAUAACAAACAGUUCAGGUUACGACACGUUUCUAAUGGAUGAGGAACGAGGGAGGUUACUAGUAGGAGCAGAGGACCAUAUCUUCUCUUUAGACCUCGUCAACAUUAACAGAGAUAUCAAACAGAUCGCCUGGCCGGCCACACCUUCGAAACGAGACGAGUGCAAGUGGGCAGGAAAAGACCUCGGAAAAGAGUGCUCCAACUUUGUGCGGGUGCUGCAGUCCUUCAACCAAACACACCUAUAUGUGUGUGGCACAGGAGCUUUUCACCCCAUAUGUGCCUACCUGGAGAUAGGCAAAAGAGCAGAGGAUAAUAUUUUCAGACUGGACACAUCCCACUUUGAGAAUGGCCGUGGGAAAAGUCCCUACGACCCGAAAAUGCUGUCAUCCUCUCUGCUCAUUGAUGGGGAGUUAUAUUCUGGAACUUCAGCAGACUUCAUGGGACGAGACUUUGCUAUUUUCCGAACCCUCGGAGCUCAUCAUCCGAUCCGGACAGAGCAGCACGAUUCCAGAUGGCUAAACGAUCCCAGGUUUGUCGGCAUCCACCUCAUCCCUGAGAGCGAUAACCCAGAGGACGACAAAAUCUUCCUGUUCUUCAAAGAGAAUGCCAUGGACGGAGAACACACAGGCAAAGCCACCAUCUCCAGAAUAGCACAACUGUGUAAGAAUGAUGAGGGUGGACAUAGGAGUUUGGUAAACAAAUGGACUACAUUUUUGAAAGCGAAACUGACCUGUUCCGUCCCUGGGCUCAACGGCAUUGACACACACUUCGAUGAGCUCCAGGACGUGUUUAUAAUGAGUGCCAAAGAUCCAAAGAACCCAGUGAUCUAUGCGGUCUUCACUACCUCCAGUAAUAUAUUUCGUGGGUCAGCGAUCUGCAUGUACAGCAUGGCGGAUAUCAGAAGGGUGUUUCUGGGCCCCUAUGCCCACAGGGAUGGUCCAAAUUACCAGUGGGUGCCCUUCCAAGGCAGGGUCCCAUACCCCCGCCCUGGCACAUGCCCCAGUAAAACAUUCGGUGGUUUUGACACCACAAAAGACCUGCCAGAUGAUGUUAUCACGUUCGCCCGUCUGCACCCUGCUAUGUAUAACCCAGUGCAGCCGAUUGGUGGACGACCCAUCGUGGUGCGCACAGAUGCAGAGUACCAGUUCAGUCAGCUGGUGGUGGACCGCGUGGAGGCUGAGGACGGGCAAUAUGAUGUCAUGUUCAUCGGCACAGAUAUGGGGACAGUUCUGAAGGUGGUCACCAUCCCUAGAGAGAGCUGGCACGACCUAGAAGAGGUGGUGCUGGAGGAGAUGACGGUGUUUAGGGAACCCACUCCUAUAACGGCUAUGGAACUCUCCACUAAGCAACAACAGCUGUACCUGGGAUCAGCUGUGGGAAUAUCGCAGAUGCCACUCCAUCGCUGUGAGGUGUAUGGCAAAGCGUGUGCUGAAUGCUGUUUGGCCAGAGAUCCGUACUGCGCCUGGGACGGCACGGAGUGCUCCAGAUACUUCCCCACCGCUAAGAGGAGAACAAGGCGUCAGGAUAUCAGAAACGGAGAUCCUCUGUCCCAAUGCUCCGAUCUGCAACACAAUGAUGAUCUGGAGGGUUACAGCAGUGUUGAAGAGAGGAAUGUCUACGGGGUGGAGAACAGCAGCAUGUUCCUGGAGUGCAGCUCAAAAUCUCAGAGAGCUCUCAUCUACUGGCAGCUCCAGAAGCCCGGUGAUGAACGAAAGCUUGAGAUUAAGUUGGAUGAGAGGAUGAGUCACACCGAGCGUGGCUUGUUGAUCCGCAGCCUGACGCAAGCCGACACCGGAGUGUAUCACUGCCAUGCUGUGGAGCACGGCUUCAUCCAGCCGCUCCUGCGCCUCACUCUGCAGGUCAUCCCAUCUCAACGCGUGGGGGAGCUGCUCCUGCGGACCGGUGCUGCCGAUCGCGACUCACCUGCCAAACAGAAGAUUUGGUACCGAGACUUCCUUAGUCUGCUGGAGCACCCAGACCUCAACAGUGUCGAUGAGUUCUGCGAGCACGUUUGGAAAAAAGAGCGCAAACAACGUGGCAAGAAAGGUCCAAAAGCAGGGCUCGGGCACUCUCAAGCUCAGGCACAGAAGAGUAGCCAGAAUUUACAGACUUCAGCUCAGAUUCAGAGCGAUGGCCCAAAAGCAACAAAUGUUCCAAAUCUGCCCAAAAUGCAGAGAAGCCAAGUCCCGCAGGGGACCACAAGCACGGACAACCAGGGCCCAAAGCCGAGUCCAAGCACGACCUUGAAACUCCCAAAUGCUCAAGCAACCCAGACCCAUAGUCAAGGAAAGAGGGGCAACUCACCAGCCCGAAGAACACCAGCCAGCACAGCCAAGUGGAAACAGCUCCAGGAGAACAAGAGGGGGCGCAACCGGCGUACACAUGAGCAACAGAGACCACCCCGCAGUGUGUGAGACAAGAUACAAUACACACACACACACGCAAACACAUCAGACCCAUGUAUUUACACAAACCGACAUCAUUUCAGCAGCCCUCAUACAUGUGAAUGUUGAAAACGUUGAAACAAAAGCACAAAAAUACUAGUCAUACUAGUGGAAGUGGAAGUUUGUCACUGCUUAACCAGAGGAAGCACAAUUAUGGUGACAGAACGGUAAAAACAUUUAUCGGUAACGUGUAUAGUUGUGGACUGAUACACCUUCCUGUACAUAGAAAUGUUUCUAGAGUGUAUGAGUCCCCUAAGACUCUUUCCUCGAGAGGGGAAUCACCAUUUCCAUGACUGCUUCCUCUGCUGAAACAUCCAUGGUCGAAAAAAAUCUUACACGGAAAACCAAGAUGAUUUAUUCAGGAAUAAAAACUGAAUGUUGACUAUUUACUCAAAUUCUUCCUGGAGGAUUGUAUCUGUUACUACGAGCUCUGGAUCAGACAAUGUGAACUGCCUUCCAGCUUGAAAGAAAAUUAAAUAUAUAUAUAAAAAAAAUCGAAACUACGGGAACUGGAGUCCGAUUUAAAAUUACAGUGUUAUAGGAGUAACCAUAGCGGACACUGUAUAGGAAAAUAACUUCGUUUCCAUGCAUACAAGACAUGGUUGGAUAAAACAUAGGCAUGUGUUGCUACCAGCCCGUCAGCCUCUUGUAACCCUUUGACUUAAAUGUUAGCCUAAUUAUUUGUUGUAUAUUCAUAAUAAAUGACUCGCCCAAGAGGACGAAGAAGUCCUUGAAGGACCCGUGCAAAUUAUUUGCCCUAAGUAUGUUGUGCAUGAUGUUUAAUUGAAAUUUUUUUUUUUUUACUAAAUUAAAUUGCAUAGCAAAACACAGUUUCAAAUUACAGGGGGUCUUAAGAAUUUGAGUAUUUUAUUUCAUUUAAAAUGUCAUAAAAAAAAAAUAAAUGUCUUGUGCCAACCAUUGCAUUGAAGGUGCUAUAUUUGGUUACCGCCACCUCAUCUCUUUUCUUUUUUUUUCUCUCUUUUUUUGUGUCAUACAAAUGUGCUAUGGCAGUCUAUGUUGUAGCUUAGGCUGAAAGUGUAAAUAUAUACAGUCAGACAACACAUGACUAUUUAUUGCUGAUUUUUAAAGGGUUACAGUUAUUUUUGAUAUUGUAAUGUUUUAAGCUCGAAUUUAAACAAAAGUGAAUGAAAUAUGAUAAAGCACAUGGAUGGACCAAUAAUCUUUUGCUUUUUUUUUGUUUUUUUAAGUUGAACUUAUUAACACAUUACAUCUAAGAACCGAGAAACAUGCAACUCAUUUUUUCAUACCUUUAAUUCCUGUCGCUGACCUCUUUGUCUCUCUUUACUCUUCAUCUUAUUUCUGUAAUGCCCCCCAAAAUGAAUCUGUCUAUAUUUUCUGUAUUUGUAUGAAUGACUCAUUCAUGAAAUUGCAAAAUAUUAUGGAGCUAUGAACAAUUUGUAAGAAUGCCAUUAGAUGUGAGACUUCCUGUAGAAAUGUGUAGGCUAAACGUCUGACUGACAGCCACUGAGUACGAACCGCAUGUGCAUUCGAACCCUAGUGUAUCCCCUUUACUGUCAGUGUUUCGUGUGUGAUAAUGUCUUUUCCAUGAAUAUAAAAGAAGCGAACAUUUUUGUUUCGUUUGAACAAGACAAUAAAAAUACCCGCCCCCUUUUUGUGCAUUAAAAAGCUGUAAUCUUUUGUAAAAAAAAAAAAAAAAAAAAGGAAAGAAAAAACAAAUACCCAUUCCCCCCCCUGAACUGUAUUAUGUUUCAAUGCAAUACAGAGUGCUCUCAGUGUUUCUUCAGACAUGUUUUGUCUGGUGGAGAUGGGGAAACAAAGGGAGACAGGAGCUCUUAUAACUGUCACUGGGUGUUUCUGGCAUGUUUCGGUUGUCUAAAUAAAUAUUUCCUCUAUCAUUA